UUAGCUCCAUAUACAUCCAAUGAAGAUACAUAAUUAGUUGGGAUUUUUGUAAUUAUUUUGUAGGGGUGGGGAUUUGUGUAGAUAUGAUAAGUUAAGGUGUAUGUUUAUGUUAUUUUUUCUAUUUUUUUCUUAAGCUUAGUGAUGGUUUCUGAUAUCAAGAUUGUUGAACUUAAGCUAAAUUUUGUUUUAGAAGGUGAAACUCUCUGGGGUUAGUACUUUGGUGAUUUUUUCACAAGCUUACUUACAUUUCACAUAACAAGAUUGUUGAAUUUUAGCUAAAUUUUGUAGUAAAAAGUGAAACUUUGUGGGGUUAAUCAUUUUCUCACAAGCUUAGUUAUGGUUUUUAAUAUUAGAAGGUGAAACUUUGUGGGGUUAGUAUUUUUGUCAUUUUUUCACAAGCUUAGUUACAUUUCACAUAUCAAGAUUGUUGAAUGUUAGCUAAAUUUUUUAGUAAAAAGUGAAACUUUGUGGGGUUAAUGAUUUUUUUCUCAAGCUUAAUUAUCGCUUUGAUAUUAGAUUGUUGAAUUUUAGCUAAAUUUUGUAGUAAAAAGUGAAACUUUGUGGGGUUAAUCAUUUUUUCACAAGCUUAGUUGUGGUUUUUGAUAUUAGAUUGUUGAAUUUUAGCCAAAUUUUGUAGUAAAAAGUGAAACUUUGUGGGGUUAAUCAUUAUUUUCACAAGCUUUAGUUGUGGUUUUUGAUAUUAGAUUGUUGAAUUUUAGCCAAAGUUUGUUGUAAAAAGUGAAACUUUGUGGGGUUAAUCAUUUUCUUCACAAGCUUAAUUAUGUUUUUCGAUAUCAGAGUGUUGAAUUUUUGCUAAAUUUUGUUGUAGAUGGUGAAACUUUGUUGGGGUUAGUAUUUUUGUCAUUUUUUCACAAAUUUAGUUGUGAUUUAGGAUAUCAAGAUUGUUGAAUUUUAGCUAAACUUUGUAGUAGCAGGCUAUGUUGCUUGGACUCUUCAAAAUUGUCAAUGGGUGCGUGUCGGAUUCGCCAAAACUAGUGUAUUUUUGAAUAAUCUGACACGGGUGCGGCAUCAAAAUUGAAGAGUCCUCACAACUUAGGUACCAUGUGACACUUUGUGAGUUGACAAGACUGGCAUCAGUGGUGGUUCUAUUUUUUCUAGUUUGUUUAUGAUUUGUGCAUCACCUUGAAGAUAUGCUAUUCAAGUAUGACAUUUAUGCUGCUGCGAUCCUGCUUACUCCCAUUUCGCAGGAAUAAACCAGUAGUUUCUGAAGAAAUGCUCUUUUUCUCUUUAAAGUUGUUGUUAUCGUGAAGAAAGCAAUGGCUUAUACACUUGUACCGAAACUGAUGAUUGGAGCUCCUACUCUACAUAUACAGAACUCAAGCUCCAGCCAAAUAGACCUCCAAACUGGAAGUAGUCAGUCCUUGCUAAUUAAAACUCCAGCAAUUCUGUUAAGACAUUCAUUCAGGGGUACCAUUAGUGGUCAAUCUUCUCUGCAAUGGCCUGGAGUUAUUGGUUCAAGAAAAACUUGUUCGAUAUUAUCAUGUAACAAGACGGGAAGUGUCUGCCUUGAUAGAGUUAAAGAGGGUACUAAUGGGAUCUUAAAUAGAGAUGUUGAGAAGAGAUCAAAUGAGCAACAGUUAAAGACACUAUCUAGUUCCUUAAGGAUGACAUUAGAUGGACCAUUGGUUAAUAAUGAUGAGACAAUUAACAACCAAAUCCUUAGAACUUUUUGCAGUCAAGGAAAAUUGCUUGAAGCACCAAAAUUAGUUGACCUGAUGACUCGUCGAAACCAAAUUCCAGACUAUCCUUCCUGCAUAAACUUGAUAAGGGGCCUUGUCAACGUUGGACAGACAGGCAAAGCAGCAAAUGUUCUACAAGCCAUGGUUAUGUCUGGUGGGACACCAGAUAUUAUCACAUAUAAUAUGCUAAUCAGUGGUCUCUGUAGAAAAGGGCUUUUGAACUAUGCCAUUGAUUUUUUGGACUACAUGAGCUUGAGUGGUUGCCGUCCCGAUGUUAUCACUUAUAAUACUAUACUGCGUGCAAUGUUUGACCGUAGCAAAUAUGAUCACGGAAUUCAGUUUUGGAAAGAUCAGUUAAGAAAAGGAUGUCCUCCUUAUCUGAUCACCUGUACAAUUCUCCUUGAAUUAGUCUGCAAACAUUGUGGUGUUAUACGUGCCAUUGAGGUAAUGGAGGACUUGGCAUUUGAGGGAUGUUCUCCAGAUCUAGUGGCCUACAAUUCCAUGGUAAAUUUUGCUUGUAAGCAAGGGAACUUUGAAGAUUCAGCUUUACUAGUUUAUAAUCUUCUUUCACACGACCUUGAGCCCAAUGCUGUGACUUACAAUACUCUUCUCCAUUCCUUCUCUACCUAUGGAUGUUGGGAUGGAGUAGAUGAAAUUCUUUCCGUCAUGAAUGAAACUUCACAUCCUCCUAGUGUUGUCACUUACAAUAUUUUAAUGAAUGGUUUGUGCAAACAUGGGCAUCUGGAUCGUGCAAUUGACUUUUUUACUAAGAUGGUCUCUGAAAACUGUUCGCCAGACAUAAUCACCUAUAAUACACUUCUACGUGCUCUUUGUAAGGAGGCAAUGUUGGACGAGGCUGUCCAAGUUGUUCACUGUUUAAGUGAUAGCAGUUGUUCCCCUAGUAUAAUCACUUACAACAUAGUCAUUGAUGGCCUUGCAAAGCAUGGUUUCAUGGAGAAAGCAGUGGAAAUAUACCAUCAAAUGGAAAAGCACGGGACUUGUCCUGAUGAUGUUACAUAUAGAUGUCUAAUUUGGGGUUUCUGUCGAGCUGAUCUUAUUGAAGAAGCUGUGGAUUUGCUAAAAGAGAUGGGUAAUAGCAGAAGCAGGGUGAGAGAUAAUUGUUACAAGUUUAUUAUUCAUAGGUUAUGUCAAAACAGUAAAGUGGACUCUGCAAAACAAGUGCUGAAAAUGAUGAAAUCAAGUUGCCACAAUCUUAAGACAACCGUAUAUUCCAAUAUAAUUGCAGGGAUAGCUGGUGCAGGUAUGAGUGAAGCAGCUAUGGAAUUGCGGGAGAAGUUGAGGGAAUGGAAAAUUCUCAAGGAAUAGAUUUUCUUUUUCGCCGAUUAGACAGUAUCCUUAAUCCAGUCGUUGUUACUGGAGGCAUAGCUUGGUGCAGAUAUGAACAAAGCAGCAACAGAAACAUGUAAAAAAGCUGAGGGAAUGGAACUCUCAAGGAAUAGACGUUUUCAUAUUGGAAAGAGAGAGUAUCAUUAUCUCAACACGCAAAAUCAUUGGACGUAUCACCUCAGCGCAAAUGGAAAUUGACUCCUUUAUUAGGUUUCUUUCCGUGUCCAUUGUCUGUUCUAUUUCGUGCUUGGUAAAAAAUUUUGACCGUGUCAUACCUGCUUGACAGAGUUUUGGUUAGUUAUGUAUUCUAGUUCAUAUCACGACUUUUUUAUUUCAAUAUCAAUCACUUACAGAAAAGCUAUGAAUCAGUGCAUUUGAGGCA